UUGUUUGUGAGGAACUUCAUUGACUGACUUAUCCGCAUCCAAGAAUGCACAAUUCUCGUUGCAUUAGCAACCGAGGUUGCUUUGAUGAAGAGUGAGUUUUCUACAACUUCGCAUCCCCAUCAAGUUGAGCUUCCAAUCCACAAGUUUCCUUUUUCACUUGGGGUCUCGAAGGAAAUGGAGCUCCAAAUCUGGUUUUGACACCGCAUAAGACGCGAGGGAAUUGGAAUUGAGUGGGAGGCUUAGAAGAGUUGAACAGUCAGUGACGCUCACAUAUGAGCUUUUGGGCCACGUAACUUAUUCCAUCCAUUUGCCACGAGCUCCCUGGCGGAACUGCUCUCACACAAUCCACCAGCAAAUCACCACCCAGUACCGGUGUUCAUCAAAGUUAGCCGUGGAUUUCCUCCGUUUCAUUGCUUCUCGUGUAGUUGGGUACGUAGCAGCUUUGAUUUUGCGAGCAGGGGGGAAUGUGAUGAGGCAGCUGACUUUGACGGACGUAGGAGAGGGGUUGUUAUCGAGGAUUAGAAGCGACAGUGUGCUGUGUGAGGUCGAUUCCAGUUGAACAUGAGCUUUUGAGCUUGGAUGCUGCUUUCUUGAUUUUCACUUGUGUCUGUUUGGGACGAUUGUGCAACGCGCGACUGGGAGCACGACCAAUUCGUAGCCAUGUCAGGGGUAGCGAUGUUACAAGCACAACGCAGCCAAGUAAAUGUGAUGCGAAGCUCCAGUGCUCCACCUCCGUCCUGUAACGGACUAUCACUGCGAGCUCAUAAUUUGGCUAUGGCGGGUAACACAAUGUUCCUCCCCAACGUGGUCUACUUAAAAUUGAACUCACCGGCAAGGGGAAGAAAAUGUAGAAAAAUGAGUAGCUGGGUUAUCAAAGCAGUAGCAGGGUCAGAAUCCGCAGUAGAAACCAGUGGGGAGGAAAGAAAGAAGGUAGUGGUGGUCGGGGCUGGAUGGGCGGGGUUGGGCGCCGCUCACCAUCUCACGAAACAGGGCUUCGAUGUAACUCUACUAGAGGCAGGGGCGCAGCCUGGAGGGCUUGUUGCAGGAUGGAAAACCCCUGGGGGUCGAUCAGUCGAGGUCGGCAUUCAUGGAUUUUGGUACCCAUACAAGAAUAUAUUCGCUUUAGUUGAUGAGCUGGGAUUGAAACCCUUCACGCAGUGGACAAAGUCUGCUCAAUUUUCUCCUGCUGGCUUGGAGGUAGAAUCGCCAAUAUUUCAAGACAUGCCUCAAUUACCAAGUCCGCUUGGUACCUUUGUCUACACACAGUUCAAAAGGUUGUCAUUACUAGACCGCUUGACGGCCCUACCUCUCAUGUAUGCAGUGGUUGAUUUCGACAACAGUAACCGCGCUUGGGAAGAUUAUGACUCAAGAAGUGCACGGGAGCUUUUCCGUGAAUUUGGAUGCUCAGAGCGAGUGUACAAAGAUGCAUUCAACCCCAUGCUUUUGGUGGGACUGUUUGCCCCGGGAGAGCUUUGUAGCGCCGCUGCUUGUUUGGGCAUGCUUUACUACUUCAUUCUAGCUCACCAGCCAGACUUCGACGUUGUAUGGUGCCGUGGCACCGUUGGAGAAAUGAUAUUCAAGCCGUGGGUAGCGGCCAUGCAAAACAGCGGGUGUCGUUUUCUCUCUAACAAACGCGUUUCUGACCUAGAGCUAGAUGAAGCAACAGGCUCUGUAACGGGUGUUCUGUGCGGCGAGGAGCGCUUCCCAGCCGAUGCUGUCAUCUUCUCCGUAGGCAUCUCAGCCAUGCAGAAAAUCGUUCCAAACAGUAAAGUAUUGCGGACGAGGGAAGAGUUUGUUAACACGGCCAACCUAGGUGCUGUGGACAUAUUAGCAGUCCGGCUUUGGCUUGAUCGCAAGAUCCCUAUUAAAAUGCCCAGCAAUGCAUGCUUUGGGUUCGACACUACAACAGGGUGGACCUUCUUCGACCUCAAUGAGCUUCACGACGAAUACAAAGAUGAACCUGGCACUGUAGUCGAAGCUGACUUCUAUCAUGCGAACCAGUUCCUACCGCUGAGUGAUGAUCAGAUCGUAAAGAAGGUCAUGGAUUAUCUUGCAGUCUGUAUUCCUGAAUUCGGAAAUGCAAAUGUGGUUGAUCAAGCUGUUGUUCGUUUCCCAAAAGCUGUAACACAUUUCUUCCCUGGUUCAUAUCAAUAUCUGAUGCGUGGUACUACAAGCUUUCCCAACGUAUACAUGGCAGGGGACUGGAUUGUGAAUCGUCAUGGGUCAUGGUCUCAGGAAAAAGCCUUCGUGACUGGACUUGAAGCAGCUAACAGAGUGGUGGACCAGUUCGAACAAGGUGAGCUUGCUUCAAUUAUCCCAGUGGAUGCAGACGAACCCCACGUUCAAGAACUUCGCCGGGUUAAUGAAACUGCCAAAGCGCUUGUAAAACAGCUGCCUUUCGCCAACUACUUCCUUUGAUUGCACCCAAAUUCGGAAGAUUUGUCGAUUAUUUUCACACUAAUGUCCACUCAACUAAUUAGCAUACAUGAAUGAGAGACGGUGUUGUCAUUCUGUUAAGAAAUCACGGCGUUAGUUGUAUCAUCCCGAAUUGCUUGGCAAACAAUAACAGCAUACCUCAACUUUUUGGUUAGCUUCUUAUUGGUUAGAUUAGCAGAAAUUUUUUCUACAUGGAAGUUGGCUCUCAAACCUGGAACCCUACACAACUGAAGUGUUAGCAGUAGUUUAAAUUUCAUCAAAUUCUAUUGUUUUAAUGAUCAUGCUUUUAAUGAAUUCCAACUGCUUAUUGGGCUUAUUUUUUAGAUA